GAGUCGUCCAGUUCGCCCAAGAAGGCGCCACUUCUCCGCUCCAAAGACAAGGAGAAGGAAGAGGAGGAGGACCGCCGGCGCAGGGAGAGUGCCGCCGCCGCGGCGGCAGCCAAAGCAGCUGAAGCUCAGAAGAGUCGAAAGGCAAAGAAGCAGCAAAGCGAGGACAAGCCUCGACGUGAUGCAAGCACAGCAAAAGCAAGGAAUGGCGAAGCCGAGGAGAAGGAGAAGAGGAAGGCAAGGGAAAAGGAGCAGGAAAAGGAGCAGACUCCAAAGAAGAAAAAGGCAAAGGACCUGGAGCCGCUGAACAAGGAUGUGAUCAGCAAAGAUGGAAGUACAAAGGUGAGGGCGCCCUCAGCAGCCAAGGAGGAAGCUCGAAACGAUGACAGGAAGAAGGAUAAGCGAGACGAGAAGCGUCGACGCAAAGAGGAGAAGGAAGCCGCUGAUCGCGAGGCCAGGAAAAGGGAAGAGCAGGAUCGGGUUGCAAAGCAGCAGAAGGAGAAGGAGCGCGAAGAGGCCAAGAAGCGUGAGGAGCAGGAAAGGCGCGAACGAGAGCGCAAGGAGGAGGAGCGACGACGAGAGCGCGAGCAAGAGGAGGAAAGAAGGCGGGAGAAGGAGCGUGAAGAAGAGCGCAGACGCGAGAAAGAGCGCGAGGAAGCAAGGCGGCGUGAGAAGGAGAGGGAGGAGGAGCUCAGGCGCGAGCGCGAACGUGAGGAGGAGAAAAGACGAGAAAAAGAGCGAGCAGAGCGUGAGCAGGAGAGGAGGCGAGAGCAGGAGCGCGAGGCAGAGAGGAAGCGUGAAAGGGAAAGGGAAGAGGAGAGGAAGCGCGAAAAGGAAAGGGAGGAGGAGAAACGAAGAGACAGGGAGCGUGAGGAGGAGCGCCGAAGAGAAAAGGAGCGCGAACAGAAACGACGCGACAAAGAGCGCGAAGAGGACAGGAGAAAAGACAGAGACAGGGAGGAGGAAAGGAGGCGAGACAAAGAACGUGAAGAUGACCGUAGACGAGACAAAGACCGGGAAGAGGAAAAAAGGCGGGAAAAGGAUCGUGAUGACGAGAGGCGUCGAGACCGGGAUCGUGAGGAUGACCGGAGACGGGAGUCAGGCCGCGAUGACAGGCGCCGAGAUAAAGAUAGAGAGGAGGAUCGCCGCCGCGACAAGGAGCGAGAUGGUGAUCACAAACGGGAGAGAGACCGCCAGGAUGAAAAGCAUGACAAGGAUCGUGACAAAGAUCGCGACAAGGACCAUCGAGACAAGCAGCGCGAGAAGGACAGAGGCCGUGAAAGGGAGCGGUCUCGUGACCGGGAUGACCGCGAGAGAGAUCGCGACCGUGACAGGCACGCUAGGGAUCGUGAUGGUCGAGACAAAGAACGAUCCAAGCCCAGAGAACGCGAACGUUCGAGGCAGAGAGACCGGGAAAGAUCAAAGCAAAGGGAGCGUGAAAGAGAAAGAGACCGGGACCACGACCGCGACAGGAACCGCCAGAAAGCCGGGGGCUCAGUCAUGUGUCGAGCUAGCCACAUGGUCGGCACGUUUCAUCAAUGCUGCGAGGGUUUGAAGAGGGCUCAGCCGUGGUUCAAGCGAGCAUGUGAGACUCAGUAG